AGCGCCUGCCUCGCGCCGCACCCGCGCCACGCCGGCCAUGGACCACGCCGUCUAUCCCUCCGCCGAGCGCGUCUUCGUCGACGUCGAUGCCGUGCUGCUGCAUCUCUCCUCGCUCGCGCCGCGCACCGACGUCUUCACCCACGACACGGGCCACUCGGCGCUGCUGCUGCAGCUGCGCGGCACGCUGCCCGUCGCCUUCCGCGGCGCCACCUACCACAUUCCCGUCGCCGUGUGGCUGCCGCGCGCCUACCCGCGCGAGCCGCCCAUGGUCUUCGUCGAGCCGACGAGCGCCAUGCUCGUGCGCCCCGGACCCGACGUUGAGCUUAGCGGCCGUGUCAAGGGCGUGUAUCUGAAGCAGUGGGAGCGCAAGUGGGAGUCAUGCAACCUCGUUGCGCUCACCCAGUCGCUGCAAGAGCUCUUUUCGCAGAUGCCGCCAGUGUAUGCCAAGCCGGCACAGCCGGCCACGCCUUCGGGCUCUGCCUCGCCCGCGCGCGUCGCACCUGCCAGCCCUUCGGUGUCGCCCGCUCCGCGGUCUCCUCAGGCGCCGACAGAUCCUCGCCAGCGGCCACCGCCGCCACUGGGCGUAUCAGGUGAUCCUAGGCAGGCUGCAGGCCCACCUGUCCGGCCACCGAAGCCCGGCUCCAGCUUCGACGGGCCGUCGCGCAGCAGCAGUAUGGGCACGCCGAGCGCUGGCCCUCUCAGCCCGCUUUCGCAACAAGGGCACUGGGGCCCGCCGCAGCCGCACGAGACACCGCAGCGACCCCUCUCCUACGACGCACGCACACAGUGGGCCGGCCAGUCAGGGCCUAUGCCUGAGCACCGCGGCUCCUGGCACGCCGGCGUGAACGGCGCGCAGCAUCCAGCGCAAUCACCGCAGCACCCUCACGCGCAUCAGCCGCCGUCACGGCCUCAGCCGCCGCCAGCAUCGCAGUCUGCGCCGCCGCCUGCGCCUCCGCCAUCCGGACCUGCGCCGCCGCGGCCGCCGAACCCCGAGCUGCUCUCGCUGCAGACGCAGCUGCAGGCCAAGCUCUCGGCAUACCUGCACUCGACGCUCUCGGCGGGCCACGAGCGCAACGAGCAGAUGCGGCGCGUCGUUGCAGAUCUGGACCGUGGCGCGCCGGCAGUGCUGGAUGAGAUGGCACGCCUCGAGGCGGUGCGCGACGUCUGUCGCGCCACGGGCGAUGGCUUGCAGCGCAGUGUCGACGAAGUGCAGGCGCGCAUCCGCGAGCUCAACGAGCGGCCCUCGCCCAGCGCCGACGAGCUGAUCUGCGCCACGUCGAUCGUCGGCAACCAGCUGCUGGACCUCGUGGCAGAAGACAACGCCAUCGAGGACACGCUCUACCACCUCGGCCGCGCGCUCAACGCCGAACAGCUGAGCCUGGAGCGCUUCCUGAAGCUGACGCGCUUCCUGGCGCGCGAGCAGUUCAUGAAGCGCGCCCUGGCACAGCGCAUCUGCGAGGGCAUGGGCUGGCCGGACGAAGGGGCGCAGAGCCAGCGGUGAAUACGACAGGCUUGGCUUUAGCUCUGCGACCGUCGGCGGAUUGUGCGGCCCGAUGAGGAGGAA